CAAAGUUGGGCCCUUAUAUUUUAUCUGAAAAUCGAAGCCAUUGUCUCUUCUCUAUUCCCCAUCUCGCUCGUCCUGGCGUGCCUCCCUCCCUCUGCCGGCGCCGGAUAUCGAAAGUGGAUGUGUUUGGAGAUUUUAAAGCUAGGUAAUAUUCACAGAUGACAUUGCUGAAGAGAUAUGUGUUGAGACUGUUCAUAUCAUUGAAAUAUAUCACAGCAAAUGUGGUAGACAGGAACAACGGACGAAUAGUUGCGACGGCUUCAACAGUUGAACACGCUCUCAAAAACUCACUUGAAUGUGGGCGUUCUUGUAAUGCGAAGGCUGCAGCAGUUGUUGGAGAAGUGCUGGCAAUGAGGCUCAGAGUAGAUGGUCUCGAACACGGCCAGGGCAGAGGCAUUCAUGUCAACGUGAACAAGGAAAUCGAGAAGAAAGGCUUCCAGAACCGCACGAAGAUUUGGGCAGUCGUGAAUGCCCUAAAGAACAACGGGGUUAAGUUGAUUCUCGAGGACGAGGACAACAUUCCUCCUCCUGGAUCCAGCUACAUAGGCCGACAAAGAGACGAUUGCACCAAUCCACGCGAUUGAGUGGCUAGCUCGUAUCAUGUAAUCAUAUACAGUAUGAGAGGAUUGCUCUAAGGCAUAUCAAUAUAUGAUCUCCUUCUUAUA